AUGUGCGACGGCGGUACCGAAGGCUGUUGCGGGCAGUCGAUCCCGCGCUUUCGGUGCAUGGACGGCUGCGACUAUGACCUCUGCCGGCACUGCCUCACGUCGACGCUUGUGCUCGAGGGCCCGCCGCUUCUUGACGUCGACGAUAUGCUUCCGUUCGCGCUUGAAGACGACACGUUCUUCGCCGUCGAUGCCGUUGGCGACCGCGACCGACUCGUGCACGAGCUCGAAGCCGCGUGGCAAGGUUGCUUUAGCACGAUCGAGUGCAAGAUCGCACUCGUCAAGCACGAAUACGAUCUGACCGCCGCGCACGAGUGGCUCCAAUCGUCGGGAGAGUCGUAUCUGCGCGAGCCCCGCGUCAUCUCGAUGGUGCGUUCGUUCUCGCUCGACAGUGCGGUCGCGGCGUUGGAUCCGGUCGUGCUUCUGGCCGGCUCUUUUUAUACGACGGGGACGCAGCUCGGCAUCGUUCUUCCCGGCGGCCUCUGCGGCGACAAUGGAAAGAAGCGGCUCCUCGGACGACGUGCAUCCCAUCGCCAAGGUGAUGCUGUCUUGCUCUUUGCGCUCUCGGAUGGUGCGGCCCUCGGCGACCUCACGCCCGUCUCGGACAUUGCGGCGGGGUCACCCAUGGCUUAUGACCGCGCACGCGACCGACUGCUUGCGUACUCGACCAGCAGCCAUGCGCUCAUGGAGUACAUGAACAUGGAGCACGUGGCACCCGAGCUGGCGGCGCCGACAACGUUCGAGACCGGACGUGACGUCGGAUGCGCGGUAUUGUCGCACCUCACGCGCAUUAUGGGCAUUCGUACGGUCGUGCCACCGAUGCAACACGCCCGGGCGACGCUGGAGCUACACGUGCAGAUACUGAGCGCGAAUCCGACAACGUCGAAAGCCAAGCGCCGUCAGCUCAAGAAGCUCCUUGCUCGCUUUGGCGGCAUGCCCGCCGACGCAGCCGCAGGGUACAUGGUCCCGUUUGUCUUGGACAAGACGCCGAUCGCCGGCCUUGGCACCUACCUCUGCCUCGCAGUUGAUGCGCAAUGCGACGGAGCGCUCAUCAACGCAUGGCUUUACUUGCUCGUCGGGACGCUCGAGGAACACAUGCCGGCCAAUGUCCCGCUUGAUGAUGUGCAUCUGCCGCACCUCGAGGCGCUGCUAUUAGCCAUCGUUCGCGGCAACACGACAUGCGAUGCCUUUGAUAGCGAAACCACGCAGACCCGCGUUCGGUUGGCCCAGCGAGCGCUUCUCUGGGGCCUCGUGCACGGCCUCUUCUUCCAGACGCCUGACGCAUUGCAGUCGCUUGUCGGUUCGUUGGCGACUUCGGUGCACCUCGAUGCGACGUACUGGUCCUUCAUGGCGCUGACGCCGCUCGGGCGUCCCGUCGACGCGUUUGCUACGCCCAAUGACGCGAUCGUGAGCUUCCUUGGCAGCAUCUUUCGAACGGUCGCUGCGUCGACGCGCCUCCUCGCGCGUCUCUUCCAGAGCGCGUCCAUGGAUUGGCUGCUGCAGAUCCUCGCGCUGGAUCGCCGAGAAGCCGAGCACAUUGUGCGGUCCACGAUGCCGAGCAUGUCACCGGCACAGCGCGUGCUGUUUUCAACGCUCGCGUGGGCACUACACGCCAACGACGCCCCCCGUGGUAUCCUCUCAGCGCUCUUGGACCACUGUCUUUGUCACUUGAAGCAGCAUGGGCUUGCAGACCUCGAUAGCUCGAUUGUGGGGACGCUGCUGCCGCUGUUGCUGGCAUCGAUCUCUCUUACGAAGGCGCGCGAGCUCUUUCCCGCGCUCCAAGCGCUGCUGAUAGCGCUCGAUUCGGCCACCGCCGACGACGCAGCAUGCCAAGCAGCCGAGCUCGCGUUCCGUGCCGCCCAGCGCAGUGGCUUCUUUUCGUACGUCGACACGGUCGAGAGCUCGCACCCGUACGGCGUCGGGAUUCCGACGUUCCGGAAAACCGUGUCGGCGCCUGGCGCGUCGGCGCUGCGCUGGCGCUUUGACGCGCACUCCAAGACGAUCAGCAGCAGCGACUUUGUGUUGGUGACGCCCAACGCCCACGUCGCUCUUGACCGCGUCCGUGCCGACGACGCACUCGAUGGUGUCUUUGCGUCCGGGCACAGUGCGCGCUGGCCAGCGCUGAGCGUCGGCGGCGACUGCGCCAGUGUCUUUCUCUGCGCGGCCACCCACCCCCGCGACCAUCUUGGCCAAGAGAAGCAGCGAUACGGCUUCAAGGCGACUGUGGACGCGUACUACGAGCUCGGUCUUCCAUCGGCCCUCGCGCUGCAGCACGCUGUCGCGCACCUUUGCAGCCUCGUGGCGUUUUCGGGUCUGAGAUCUGAGACCGUGGCCUUGCCAAGCGUUCUGCUAGAAGCGCUUGGGCCGCUCCGAGCAUCGCACGGUCAGUAUGCAUGGUUAUUGACGCAAGAGGCGGCCGGUGGCCUUGCGUCACUCCAAUCGCGCUUCGGUCCGAUCUCGCUCAAGCCCCAGAGCGAAUGGCACGCGAUGGUGCUUGCAUGUCUGGCUCUUUUGGUCAACGCGACGGACUGCGAGCGUACGAUGCGGCGUGCGAUUGGACGCCUCGCGAGCUUUCAGCGGUGGGUGCUGCGGCAAUCGCAGCUCGAGAACGAGUGGCAGGCGUGGCUCGAGUCGCCCUUGUCGCGCGACGAUUUUCUCGAGCGUCUCGGAGGCAACGACACGCUCUUGAACGAGCUCUGCGUGCUGCAGUCGUGUCGGACGCGGACGCCUGCCGCGCUCUUUGAGCACCUCGAAGAAGCAAAGGCUGCUGGCGUCGUACCGCUGGUGCCGCUUGUCGAACGGGUUCGCGCUCGAGCCCUCGCUUUGCUGCAGCUCCCAGUGUACGACGCUUCGGGAGAGGACAUGGUGCUGGAUGACGCAGCGCUGGAUGCGAUCCUCGCAUUGCUGCAAUUUCCUUCCGACGCGAUCAACGUCGCCGACGCCAAGGUCGCGCACGAAGCACUCGCGGCGCGUCGCCGGGACUCCCUCGGCGUGAUUGAGCGUCUGCUGACGAGCGUUCAGAGUCCGAGUACGCAACGCUUCUUUACAGGUCGACUUGCAACGGCCCUCGCGACUUCGCGCGAGUCGAUGCUCUCGGGUUGUGAACUGGGCAGCGCCGAAAGCCGGGCCGCGGUCCUGGAGCAGUGGCAGCGACUGCAGCGCGUGCUGCUGACCAAGAUUGGCGCGCCGUCGACGCCCUUUGCCGACAAGGUGCUCAUGUGCACAGACCUUGUGCUGCUGGCGACGCCGUCGCUCCGUCGUGUCCUCCUCGAUGUGCUCGCCGAGACGCCGAUGAGCGCUGACGCGACGAGUGAUGCAAUGUGGCCCGCGGCCGCGCCCGUGGAACUUGAGCGCGUUGCGUUCAUCAAGCAGCUGCGCGAUGUGCAGUGGCUUGCGCUGCGUCACGUCUUUGUCACGGGAGCGUCCAUCGAAGAUUGCGAGGCACUCGUGACGGGAACUGCGGACGCCGGCCGCGUUCUCGGGAUCCUUGAAGCGCUCACGUUGACCGACAAAUCGCCGCCGCCGUCCUGGCUCGUGCCUGCGCUUCUGGAGCAUCUCGUGUCGUCACAGAGCGCGCCGCGUGUGCAAAUGACCGCCUGUCGGAUUCUCAAGCAUCUCUGCGUGGUGCCGCCGCCUGCUGUUGUGCGUCGGCUGCUACAACUGCUGGGGCGACGUCUCGCGUCAGCGUCCGAUGAGAGCACUCUUGUCGACACGACGUUUGGUGUCGUGCUCUACUGGAACAACGAUAGCAGUGACGCGCUGGUCGAGCUCGUUGGCGCACUUCACGACAAGAUCCAGCCGCCCCGCGUCGCGUCCUGGGAUGUCAUUGUCGACGUCGAUAGCACGGCCAAGCAGGAGGAGCUCAUGAAAGAUGCGUCGAUCGUGCACCGGAAUGUGCGCUGCGACGGGUGCAACCAAAGCCCGGUCGUCGGGUACCGCUUCAAGUGCUCGAUUUGUCCCAACUACGAUCUUUGCGCGGGGUGCUACCUCGCCAAGACACACGACGUCGACCACGCAUUUUUGCGCUUUGCUGACGUUGCGGGCGCCGGCGAUCUGCUUCCACCCCGGGCGUCGACCGCUGCCGUUGCGCUUGUGCCCGAUAUGGCGCUCGUCGGCACACACGUGUGGAAAGCGUCGGCGCUUCUCUCGGAACUAAUGCGGAAAGGCCACGUCGUCCUUGUCGCGAACGUCUCGGUCUCGGAAGCCGACGCGCUCCUGGAUGCGAUCCAAACGUUGUCGACGACCUUUCUCGCGGGCCGGGCGCCCCAGUCGCAGCUCGAUGCGUGGCAGACACUCGAUGCCACGGAUGCCUUCGUCUUGAACCGGGCCGCGCCCCCGCCGGUGGUGCUGGAUUCGUGCAAGUACGCGCUCGAGAUGGCGUCCGAAAUUGUCGCGCUUGCUCGACCGUGGGCAACGCAUGCGACCGUCAAGGACGUUGUGCUUCAGAGCCUCCGACCCAUCGCGCGGCUCCUGCGUGACCCGAAGCUCGGGCCGUCGUACUUCGAAGCGAUCGGAGCGCUCGCACUUCUCGGCGGCAUGGACGAACCGGUGCGCGUCGGCGGCUAUGUGACGCUACACGAUGCGCGCGGCUGCCUUCAGCACGUUGGCGUCGAUACGGCCACCGUCGCCUUUGGGUCUCGCGUCGAGACCAACGUCCCGCUCGCCUCGCUGGUCGUUGUGCCCGAGGUGCCACUGAACCAGCCGAUGGCCGAUGUGCUCGAGGACGCGAUUGGUGCACUGGCCAGCGCGGCGCAGGACGUUGUGUCGGUGGUGCGAGGCGACGACGCCCUCGGGCACGAAUUGGCCCAGCGCACGCUCCACGCGAUCUCGGCGCUCCUGCCGUUCUGGCCGUCCGUGCUCGACAACCAAGCCAUCGCGGCGUACGGCUCGAUGCCACACGCGUUGCUGCAACUCGCACAGCCGUCGUCCCAACGCACUGAGUUUGUCAACGAGCACCUCGCCGCCGCGCAUCGCUUGGCGUGGACAUUUGAUCGGGGGCUGCACCACGUUGUGGCGCUCGGGCCGUGUCGCAAGCGCGCCUCGAUCCCCCUCGCGCUCACCGACGAGACGCGGCUCCAAGAGGACGACGGCGACGAGCGGCCGAUGUACUGGUACAAUGUGUACGCGUACGCUGACGUGGCCGACGUUCUCCCGGUGCACCCGGGGCGCAACAAGCUCCUCGACUAUUGGGAGCGCUACGUGAUUCCCGCGAUCCAGAAAUACGUCCGCGGCUCGUUCAAGUCGUACGAAAUGGACUACUUUUUCGCCCAGCUCCGAGAGCCGCUGCGCGAAGGCAACAUGGCGGCCGCGCGCCAGAUCGCACACACGCUCUGCGACGGCCACGUACCGCCAGGUUGCGUCUUUCCCGACACGGAGACGGACUGGAAGGCGCUGCAGAUGGACGACCUUGUCGUUGGCGGACGCUACAUUGUGCAGUCGCUCUCGGACCCGCUCGUGCCGGCGAUGGCGUGGUGCCUUGGCCAAACGGGCAGCCUCUGCACGAUCGAGGCGACCAAGAAACUCGCGCUCCUGCAGCUCUACAACCCAAGUGCUGGGCAACUGGAGCACUAUUGGUUCCACGUCUCGCAGCUCCAAGCCGGCGACGGCAGCGAGCCGAGUCGGUCGCUCUUGACGCCGGCCGUCUCAACGCGCUUUGUGGCGGCUCUACAAGUAUCCAUCGCGGCCGUCGCACGGCGCGCCGUGUGGACCAUUGUGUCGCAGAGCCCCGAGUACGUAUCGUGGGCAACUCUGGGCCAAGGCUUUCCGCUCGCGACGCUUUUGGACGUGGCGGCCACGGAUCUUCCGGCGUGGACAGCGCCGCCGCGCGACCAUCCGCUGCAAAAAGUCCUUUUGCUGCAGCACGCAAGUCUCAGUGCGACCGUCAAGCCCGUCGGCAGCAAGAAGGUGGCGACACCGCCGACGCCGACGCCCACCGACUUGAUCACGCACCUCACCGCGAGUCUCAGCGCGUCGCUCGAAGUGUCGCGCGUCGGGUCGUUCCUCGUCACGAGCAGCUCGCCGCCCGAGCCGCUAGUGUGCUUGUCGCUGCCGGGCGCAAGCUACUUGCUGCUUACGUUUUUUGUGCAUCCCGUGCUCAUGGACCUGCCGGCGGGGGCGAGUUUGCAAGUAUAUUACGACGCCGAGUGCACGCGGGUGGUGCGCGUCUACUAUGGCGGGCGCCGCGGCCUCACCAACCUCCCGCCUCUCGUCGUCCAAGGCAAUACGUGCUAUCUCCGCACGCAGGCCGCCGAGUACGCGCGCUACAAGCUGCGCGUCGACGGCCUCUCGAAAGCGUUUGGCCUCGCCACGUGGCUAGGCCGUGUCUUGCAGCAGCUGCCGUCCGUGCCGCCGAUGCCGCUCGUCAGCUGCUGGGCGUCGUUUCUAAGCGCGAUGCAAGUGCCGCCGCUCCUCGAGCAAGUCGCGUUCCGGUCCCUCGUGCCGUGGAUGUCGCCGACGACAACGGUCGCGAGCUCGCUCGUGAAGCAGUGGCUCGCGCAGUACGAGGUCGCGUACGCCAAAGAGAGCACGAACGCCAUGUUCUCAACGUAUACGCAGCAACUCACAGAGCUGCUGUCGACCUUGCCCCACACGUCGUCCGUGCCGGUCCUAAGCAAGUUUGCGCGUGUCGCCGCCUUUGCUGCGUCGCUCGCGUCCGAUGGACCCGGUCGCGUCCCGACAGCCGAAGUCCGCGCGCUCGCCGAGAAGCUUCAGCGCGUCGACUUGUGUACGUCGCGCUUGUUGCUGCUGCAAAAGCUGCCGCGCACGCGCGACCUCGAGCAGCUCAUCGCAGCGGUCACCAAGUGGCUCACGCACAUUGCGCUACAAGAGUGCUGCGGCGAAGCCGAUGAUCCGAGCAUGUACUCGGCCACCGAGACGGUUCGGUUUGGCAUCCUCGCGCGCGUGCUCUACUGCCCCGUGGAUGCAAACGGGUUUACAAAGGGCUACUGCGUCCUGGAUGUCGGGCGCGACGACAUUGUGCCCAAGCUGCAGCAGUGCAUCCUCAAGCAGCCGCUCGUCUUUGAAGGGGACCCAACCGAGGAAGACGCAGCGCUCAUGGCGUACUUGGCCGAGACGACUGGCGCCCCGGCACCAACGCCCGAGGCAGCGCCAGCGUCGACCAUGUGGGUUUGCCCCGUGUGCACGUGCGACAACUGCGACGACUCGGCCGCGUGCAUCGCUUGCGAGUCGCCCCGCGCAGUGCCGCCAUCUUCGUCGUCGCCGGCACCGGUCGAAGAAACCAUCGACGGCUGGACCUGCCCCGCGUGCACGUUUUUGAACGCAUGGGACAAUACGCACUGCUGUGUCUGCGACAUGGCGUGUGACCAAGUGCGUCCGGCUGCGAUGGAGCCUUCGAGCGAGCCUAUUGCGACGAGUGACGUCGAGGUGCCGGCUGCCGCGUGCCACUUUGUUUCGGCGCUGCGGUUCCAAGACUCGUACGACGCUGGCGACGACCGCGACCCGCGCAUGGCCGACUUUUUGGCGCACGUGCUUGCGGAAAGAGGCGCGACGCCGGCCUCCGCGCGGCAAAUCUACGAAAGCAUGCGGGCGUCGGGGCUCGAUCUCGAAGGCAACUGCAGCCACACGACAUCGAUCGAAAAGGCGGUCGCGGCGCAGUCCAAGUGGACGUUGGCCAUGGACGUCCAGCUGCUGGAGCUUGCGAUGACGCAGUGCCGGCGCCUGGGGCUGCUCACACUCUGUGAGCUCUCGCCGAGCCACCUGUGCAGUGCAGCGGAGCUCAAGGUGUCGCUGUGGGAGCUUCGUCUCCGCUUUGCGCUCCUGCAAGAGUGGAACUGGUUGCUGCUCGAGACACUACCCCUCAUCGAUCUCAAGGGCCCCGUGCUCGCCAAGCGCAUCUGCGCCGCGCGCAAGCUGCUUUUUCCGCAUGUCAAGAUCAAGCUAAGUGCCAUCGUCCACGACAAUACGAGCACGUCCGAGACGCAGAGCAAGCGCCCGACCGUCGUGCUUGACCGGCUCAAGUGGAAGCAGCACCCCGAGCUUAUCUCGCUCUUUGAGAGCACGCGCCACCAGCUGGAGAAGGUGCCGGCGACCGCACUCCGGGCCAAGCGGCCGCUCGGCGCGUCCGACCCGUUCAUCGCGUUCGGCGUCACGUUUGCGGGCGAGCACGUGGUCGGCGACGGCGGGCCGUACCGCCAGCUCUUUAGCGACAUGUCGUACGAGUGCAUCCGACUUGGCCUGUUCGAGCCAACGCCGAACGGACGCAUGCAGACGGGCGAGCUGCGCGACUGCGUGCUGCCGGUGCCCGCCAAGACGUCGACCAUGGCGCUCUCGCAGUAUGAAUUUGUGGGUGUUCUUAUGGGCUGCUGCCUCCGCACGGGCGUGCACCUUCCGCUGCGCGUCGCACCGCUUAUUUGGAAGCUCUUUGUGCACGAAACACCGACUUUGCACGACCUCAAGCUCGUGGAUGUUGCAGUCUACGAGCUGCUAACGUCGCCGCCGUUGCUGGACCAAGGCCUCACGAUGACAACGACGCUCUCCGACGGCAGUAGUGUGGACCUCGUGCCUCAAGGCGCGUCCGUGGCCGUCACUGCCGCCAAUUGGGCCGACUUUGUGGCCCUGGCGACGCAAGCGCGGCUGUACGAGUGCCAAGCGCAAGUGGACGCGAUGCUCAAAGGUGUCUCCAAGAUCGUGCCGCUGACGCUCAUCUCGCUCUACACGUGGGUCGAGCUGCGACAGCACAUUUGCGGCAGCCAGAACAUUGACGUGGCCUUGCUCAAGCGCCACACCAAGUACGCGGGCGGCAUGACCUGCGAGACGCACGCGCAUUUGGAGUUCUUUUGGACGGCGCUGCUCGGGUUCUCGGAGGCCGACAAGCGGCGGUUCAUCAACUUUGCGUGGGGCCAAGAGUCCUUGCCGUCGGACGACGCCGAGUUUGACCGGACGCACACGCGGCUUCUCAUCAAGCCACCGCCGACGUCGAGCGCGCCCCAAGACUCGCUCUUGCCCAAGGCCGAUACCUGCUUCUUCAACCUCGAACUGCCCGCGUACUCGAGCCUCGAGAUCAUGACGGUGCGCCUCCAGACUGCGAUCCAGCUGUGCACGAGCAUGGACGCCGACGAACAGACGGGCGGGGCCAUGGAUGUAUAUUACGAGGACGAAGACGAGUGAUCACGAGACGACGUCGAGGUCCGGGUACAUCUCGUGGGUGUGGGCGAGCACCUCCUUAGAAAUACUAGUUGCAGCAACCAUCAUCAAUACACGGAAAUCGGAUCGA